AUGCUCGUUGUGCUGCUCGCGGCAGCGUCGGGCAAUCCGGCCGUCGUCGCCGCCGCAUCACCGUUGGCGGCUCCGGCGAGGGCGCACCGUGCGCUCGCGCCGACUCUCGACUGCAACGGGGUCCUCGCCGCCGUGCACAAGGCGCUGAACGGGAAGGACUGGACAAAGGAAGUGAACGGACGGUUCGUUGGGUACGACGUCGGAUGGCAGUGGCCCGACCCUUCGAUCGAUUGCUGCAAUAAGGAGUUUGUCAGGUGCAACAAAACAACACACGAGGUCGCGGAGCUGGAUCUGCGGCACAUCGGCAGGCUCAAGGGCACUCUCCCAGUCCAGCUCGGCCAGCUCACCUCGCUCAAGUACCUCGACCUCAAAGGCACCCUCGGCGUCACCGGCACUCUGCCGCCCGAGCUCUUUGGCAGCAAGAUGAGCGAGCUGAUCGCGGUUCGGGCCAAGUACAGCUCACUCUCCGGCACGCUGCCCGCGAGCAUCUUCGAGCUGCCUCGCCUCGACAGGAUCUACAUCGGCGGCUCCCGGAGAACGCCCUUGCUCAUCUCGGGCACCCUCCCGAGCGAGAUGGGAAGCACCAUAACCGAGCUGCAGGUCGACAGCACGCGCAUGUCGGGGACGAUAAUGGAUUCGGUCUCGCGGCUGGGGAGGCUGAAGACGCUCGAGCUCGACGACAACUCGUUCUCCGGCACCGUCCCGCCCUCCCUCUCGAGGCUGAGCGAGCUCCAGGACCUCGACCUCUCCGACACCAAGCUCUCCGGCACGCUGCCGCCGUGGAUCUCGCAGCUGGCCCAGCUGCGCAAGCUCGAGAUCGGGGACGCCGGGCUCUCGGGCUCCAUCCCGCCGGAGUUGUCGCUGCUGGGCAGCCUCGAGGCGCUUGAGCUCUCGGAGAACUUCCUCUCGGGCACCAUCCCUCGCGGCCUCCGCAUCGCCGCAAAGGGCACGUGCGAGCUGACGGACAAACGCCGGUGGGCGGGCGCCAGUGCCAGCUCGUGGUACGCCACCUUGGCUAACGAGCUGCCGCCCGCGCCGCCGGCUCCGCGCAUCCAGGCUGGCCGAGCCUUGGCGUCGAGCGGCAGCAUCUGGGACCCGGGAAGGCUGACUGACGGCCGCCCUGCGGUGCUCUGGAACCACUGGCCGCCCGGCACUGACGGCAACUCCUUCGAUUGCCCGCUCCCGAACGACCUGCCCGAGCCGUGCCGUGCCAAGGGGACUGUGUGCAACUGGGUGGAGACCGAGAUGCAGACGCGGGCAGACGAGUUCGCGCGGGGGCUGGUCGCGGACGACGAGGGCGGAGGAGACGGAGAGACCAACGUCUCCGCUGUUUCCGAGACCCGGGGGCUGAUCGAGAAGGAGGAGGGCGGAGGAGAGGCAGCGUCGGCCAACGAGGCGGUCUUUCUCGAGGUCACGGAGAUGUUGGUGCCCCUCGAGGGCGGGGCCGACGAGGCGGAAGAGGAGGACGAGGCGCGGUCGCGCACGGAGGACGCCGGCGGGGAGGGGGGCGGAGCCGCAGCGGCAAACGAGGCGCGCCUCCCCCCCGCGGCGGCAGCCCCGGACCUCGUCGCGAUCGAGGAUGCGCCGGCGGCGGUGCCCACCGCGGACGACGCGAUCGCGGACGCUGGCCCCAUCGAGGCCCACGAGAAGGACUCCAGGCAAACGGAAGAAGAGGAGGCGGCGGCAGCCAGCGCGGCGUCCUCUUCAGGCUCCUCCUCCUCCUACGUCAUGCCCACCGCGGACGAUCCGGCGGCAACAUCGACGAUGGCGGGAGGUUUCUCCGACGAGGUUGGCGCCCCCGCCGCCGUGGGCGAGAGCGGGCGCACAUCGGAGCCGAUCACCGUCGAGUACGCCGAGGGCCUCCCCUCCCCCCCCUCCGCUGUCCUGGCGGAGGUGGCAAUCAGCGCCGCCUCCUCCGCCUCCUCCUCCUACGCCAUGCCUUCGGCAGAGGACUACGCGACGGCGGAGGAGGCCGAGGGGGAGGGGGCGUCGGCGUCCACUAUUCCCUCCGUUGACAGCAAGAAGAAGGCCUUCAAAAAGAAGAAGGGCCAGAAGUAG